GCCUCAUUUCAGCCCUUUACGUGACGUCAUGGCGCCUCUGUGACGGCGCGUUGCCUGGAGACGGUUCCCGCGCCUCUGGCCGUUGCUAUAGAAACGCGCCGUCAUCGCGUCAGAACCUUCUGGAACCAAGGAGAGAAAAACCCACAGAAUGAGCCGUUCGGGUCCAGUUCGGAACCGAACCGGGGCGGUUCUGGUGCUGUAGAACCGCGCGGCCCGUUUGGACUCAGACAGGUUUGGAUCCGCACGCUGCAGCAGGAUGUCUGCUCUUUCAUCGAAGCCCGGCCUGCGGCACAGCAUGUCAGAGUGGCUCAGCAACAACCAGCAGCUGGCCGCCACCGCGCAACGUGAGCGACACGUUUCCCACCAGGUCCGGCAGGAGGGCCGGACGCUGCGCAACGAGACCCACUGCCAGACGGUGUGGGACGAGGGCGACACGUCUCGCAGGCUCAGCGACCGGAUCUGGGACGUUUCCCGGUGGAGGGACGUCCUGGAAAUCUGCGCACAGAAAGUGGACGAGGAGAUGGAGAAUCUGACUCUGUCCAAAGAGCGGAGCGAGCUGGCCCUGGCCGCCACCGCCGUGCCCCUGGAGGUCACCAAGGAGUGCCUGGCGCUCAGGGAGGGUCGUCGCGGCUACGAGCUGGUCAGCGACCCGGUGGAGGCGCAGCUGAAGCGGGAGGCGGAGCUGAUCGAAGGCGUGCAGCAGCGGCUGCAGCGCAGCAUCGACCAGGCAUUCGAACAGCUGGGCAUCCUGCAGGAGGUCCGACACCAGCUGACCUCUGACCUCCAGAACAAGAUGGAAGCUCUGGACAUCGACACGUCCUGCCUGUCCCUAACCAUAAAGUCACCGAGCAUCUCCCUGAAGACGAACCCGACCCGGAUACCGUCAGGUUCCUCCUCCCCUCAGGACUGGGCCCAGUUCAGCCAGUACAACGUGGCGCGAGCCCACGAGGCCGUCCACGUUUCCCAGCAGAUGAGGGAGAACAUGAGCCUCAGCAGAGCGCAGGUCCAGAAUGAGUUGGAGGCUCAGCGCCGAGCCACAGAGUUCGCUCUCCGUAAGCGGACGCACCACGAGGAGCAGGCCAGAGACGAGCUGCAGUGGCAAAUCAAAACCACUGAGGAUGAGAUGGCCGCCAUGCAGGGCGACAUCCGAGGGCUGGACGCAGACCUGCAGGCCAAGACGGCCUCCCUGAAGCUGGCUCACACCCGGCUGGAGGCCAGGACCCGCAGGUCCGGCAUGGAUCUGUGCCGCGACGAGGUGCAGCACGGCCUCGUUGCUGAGGUCCAGCAGCUGGAAGCCUCCAUUCAGGCCCUGAAGCAGAAGCUGUCAGACGCUCAACGCUCUCUGCAGAAGAUGACGCUCCACCACAGCAGCAUGCGCCAGGAUCUGUCCAGAAAGCAGGAAGCUCUGUCUCUGGAACAGCGCAGCACGCAGUGCAGGACCCGCAUGGCGUCUCCGUCCGGCUCCGACCGGACCGCGGUGCCGCCGGUCCCGCUGGUGAACUCCAGCGGGAGGAGCAACCUUCGGCUGCUGGCCCAGUGAGCAGAACCGUCCGCUCCAUUCCAGGCCUGCGCCGGUCGGGCUGGUGGAGCAGCUCUGACUUUCAUUCACUUUUUAUUUUUCCAGUUUUGACAAUUGAUUGUUUUUGGAUAAUGGUUCCUUCUGCCUUUGGAUGCUGUGCACCUGGAUUGAGUUUUGAUAAUACUUUGCUAAUUUGUUGUGAUGCGUAACCAUAGCAACAAGGUGGUUUAAACUGGGAGCUGCUGAUUAACAUUGCAAAGCUGAAAUAUUACCAUAACUGAAGACAAAAUCCCAGAGGAUUUGACAAGGAGAGAGAGGAGGAAGUUCAAACCAUCGUUAUCAUCCAUCGCAAUGGACAACCUGAGACUGCUAGCUAACAAGAUGGCUGACCUUCAAGCCCUGAGCGGGCCUCAUGCAGUGCGGUGUGUUGGCUCCCAGAAACGUCUCUCUGCCAGCCUUCACCACAGAGACAGCGGGAGAAGAGAAGGAGGCGGAUUAGCUUUGUUUCAGGACAGGUUUCUGUUUAGUGUCAUCUCUGUCCACACACUGACCUCUUGGCAGGACGUCUCCGUUCAGAUUAUUUUACCAACAGAGAUUUGUUUUACAGCAAUAGCAAGGGUUCAUACAUUUCAUAAUGAAAACCUGUUCUGGGUGUGGAAACACUGGGUCCCUUUGUGGCAGGGUGUGGAAACAUUGGGUCGUUUUGUGGCAGGGUGUGGAAACAUUGGGUCGUUUUGUGGCAGGAUGUGGAAACAUUGGGUCGUUUUGUGGCAGGGUGUGGAAACAUUGGGUCGUUUUGUGGCAGGGUGUGGAAACAUUGGGUCACUUUGUGGCAGGGUGUGGAAACAUUGGGUCACUUUGUGGCAGGGUGUGGAAACAUUGGGUCGUUUUGUGGCAGGGUGUGGAAACAUUGGGUCGUUUUGUGGCAGGGUGUGGAAA